AGAGCCCGGGCGGGCUGCGCGGGGCCUCGCUCCGAGCUCAGGUGUGAAACAAGCGGAAAACUCCGGGAUUAACAGAUUGCUCAUUGAAUCUACUAUAUAUGCUCUCGUGAUAUAUGCUCUUUUGUGAUUUUCAAAAGACUGAGCAGUUAAGCAGUAAUGCUAGCAAGCAAUGGAGCAAGAUUCACACUGCACAGCAGAAAGGGAACUGUUGGAAGCUGUAAGCAGAAUUACCACAUCUUCUACCACAAGUCCAUCUGAUGAAGAAGAAAACGAACCCAAAGCUGAAAUUUCAUGUCAAGUGAGAAAAGAAAACCCAGAAAAAGAUGACAUGCAAGAUUCCAGUGCAACCCUAAGUCCCAACUCUUCGAUGACCACUAAGGAGCUUCAGGAGUACUGGAGGAAUGAAAAACGCCAGUGCAAACAAAUCAAACUCCUUUUUGAAAUCCCAUCAACCAGAAUUGUAGAGCACCACUUAUCUAAAUACGUGAUGUAUAAAAUCAUCAUUUUGCAAACAGGGAGUUUUGACAGCAACAAGUCCGUAAUUGAACGGCGUUAUUCAGAUUUUGAGAAACUGCACAGAAAUCUGCUGGAAGAAUUUAGCGAAGAACUGGAAGAUGUAACCUUUCCCAAAAAAACUCUAACAGGAAACUUCACAGAAGAAAUAAUCAAUGAAAGAAAAUUAGCCUUCAAGGACUACCUGAGACUCCUCUAUGCUAUGAAAUACAUCAGAAGAUCAAAAAAAUUUAUUGACUUUUUAACAAGGCCAGAGCUUCAGGAGGCAUACGGUUGCCUGCGGGGUGGCCAGUACACCAAAGCUUUGGAAAUCCUUUUAGAAGUCAUUGGGCUGCAGGAAAGGCUGACAAGAGGGAACCCUGUUGCAAUUGUCCCUACCCUCUGUGCCAUCGUGGUGUGCCACAAGGACCUGGAAAACCCAGCAAGCGCCUUUGAGUAUGGAGAGAAAGCUCUGUCACGCCUCUGCGUGCACACCAGCCACAGGUAUUACAUGCCACUGUUAGAAACAAUGAUCGCUCUGGCAUAUGAACUUGGCAAGGAUUUUCUGUCUUUGCAAGAAAAACUGGAAGAAUGGAAGACAAAGAAAGAUCCCGUACGGGUUUUUACCCUGAAGGAACUUGCAGUUCGGGAGUACGUACGGUGAACACAAGAAAAAAAUUAAUGAAAGAGCAAACUCUUGGAAGAAUGAGAACUGGAAAUUAACUGAUUGGGUUGCUUAACAUUGUAUUAAUAGGAAAAAAAAUUAAAUAUCCUCUAUGAUCAAAGGGGCAUUAACAUCUGUGUUGGAAUAUAUUACAUCUACUGUACAGAUACGAGGAGUUCCCAAGGAGCAUUUUAAGGUUUCUUGAAGGAAAUGUGCA